CCCCGCCACUAGACGAAACGUCCAAACACAAUCCACGCGCAGACAGACGGAACAAGAACCAGGGUACUUAGUCGGUAUCACUGAAUCAAUAAAGAACCCGAGUAACUCGGCAUUGAAUCACAAAUCCCACUUCGUGGCAAAUUUUUCGACCGAAAAAACCCCCUCCACUGUUGCAAGAGUGCUCCCAGAACCCGAGCUCCGCUCACCCAAGCAAAGAUGUCAACGACCCCCGGCGCAAAAUCCAGAUCAACGACCCCCACAGUCUUCGAGCAACAACGGGCGGAACUAGUGAGGGAGAUUGCUGUGGGCAUGGAACAAGUUCUUCAGAACAUGAACCGGCUCAAUCGGAACUUAGAGAGCAUCAUCUCUGUGGGGAAUGAGUUCGGCUCUGUCGAAGCUCUUUGGUCGCGAUUCGAGAAUUUCAUGAGCCGGCCGGCCGAGGAACCUGAAGCUUCGGAUCGGCGUAAAGAGGAAGGGCAGGCAGAGGGGCAGAGUGAAUUGCCCGAUGAGGAGAUGAAGAAUGCUGAAGCUUGAUUCCGUCAUCUUGGGAGUCAAGGAGGCGGACUUGUACGACAUUUCUGGUUUUUUUUUUUUUUGGG